UCUGUGGGUGGAAAACAAUACUUAAAGCUCCCAGUCGGGGUAAGUGGCACAGCCUGAGAGCGAGUGCUCCCGCGUCUGCGCCCACCUCCCGCAGCGCACUCCUGGCCCACCAGCCACCCACCGGGUGCCACCCUGCGCCCCAGCGCUCCGAGGCCACCGGGUCCCUGCGGCUCCCGGGCAGCCCAGGCAGGGACCCUUCCACUCCCACCUGCGGAUCGUCGGCCUCCGGGAGACUCCUCCGGCCCUCGCUGAGAACCAACCAUGUCGAGCUCCGCAGAGGACAGGUUCCGCUAUCACAUCUCCUGCUUCAGGCCCAGGUUGAAGAGCUACAUUCAAGUGGAGCCGGUGCUGGACUACCUCGUCUUUCUGCCCGCAGAAACCAAAGAGCAGAUCCUCAAACGGGUCACCACCUGUGGGAACACCAGCGCCGCGGGACUGCUGCUGAGCACCUUGGAGAGGGGGGCGUGGCCGGCCGGGUGGGGGCAGAUGUUUGUGGAGGCCCUGCAGCGCAGUGGCAACCCCCUAGCCGCGCGCUACGUCCAACCCACACUCACCGACCUGCCCUCUCCCUCCUCCGAGACCGUCCACGAUGAGUGUCUCCACCUGCUGAACCUCCUUCAGCCCACCUUGGUGGACAGGCUUCUGUUUAACGAUGUCUUGGAUCCCUGCGUGGAGAAGGGGCUGUUGACAGCGGAGGACAGGAAUCGGAUCUCUGCUGCAGGAAACAGUGGAAAUGAGUCAGGUGUGAGAGAACUGCUGAAAAGGAUUGUGCAGAAAGAAAACUGGUUUUCUACUUUUCUGGAAGUUCUUCGUCAAACUGGAAAUGAUGCACUAGCCCAAGAGCUAACAGGUGUUGACUGCCCAGAAAGCACUGCAGAGCUGGAGAAUUCAUCUCACGAAGAUGGGCCUGAGGCUAAUGAGCCCCUUGUGUCUGCUAUAGAUGAUUCAAGGCUGGAGACAGAGGCCUGGAACACAGAGGAUACCUCACCAGAGGUCUCCUUUACAGCGUCUUCUGUGACCACAGAAUCAGACACAAGUUUGGCAGAAGGAAGUGUCAGCUGCUUAGAUGAAAGUCUUGGACAUAACAGCAACAUGGGCAGUGAUUCAGGCACCAUGGGAAGGGAUUCAGAUGAAAGGAUGGGGACACAGAGAACAUCUCCUGAGCCAGAACUGCAGCUCAGGCCUUAUCAAAUGGAAGUGGCCCAACCAGCAUUGGAGGGGAAGAAUAUUAUCAUCUGUCUCCCCACGGGGAGUGGGAAAACCAGAGUGGCUGUUUACAUCACCAAAGAUCACUUAGACAAGAAGAAGCAGGCAUCUGAACCCGGGAAGGUUAUCAUCCUUGUCAAUAAGGUGAUGUUAGCUGAACAACUUUUUCGCAAAGAGUUCAACCCAUUUUUAAAGAAAUGGUAUCGCAUUAUUGGGUUAAGUGGUGAUACCCAGCUGAAAAUAUCGUUUCCAGAAGUUGUCAAAUCUUACGAUGUUAUUAUCAGCACAGCUCAGAUCCUUGAAAAUUCCCUCUUUAAUCGGGAGAGCGGAGAAGAUGAUGGCGUACAGCUGUCAGAUUUUUCCCUCAUUAUCAUUGACGAGUGUCAUCACACCAACAAGGAGGCAGUCUAUAACAACAUCAUGAGACGAUAUUUGAAGCAGAAGUUGAAGAAUAAUACCCUCAAGAAACAAAACAAGCCAGUAAUUCCCCUGCCCCAGAUACUAGGACUGACAGCUUCGCCUGGUGUUGGAGGAGCCAAAAAGCAAUCUGAGGCCGAAAAGCAUAUCUUAAAUAUAUGUGCCAAUCUUGAUGCAUUCACCAUUAAAACAGUGAAUGAGAAUCUUGGUCAACUCAAGCAUCAAAUAAAGGAACCCUGCAAGAAGUUUGUGAUUGCUGAUGACACCAGAGAAAAUCCAUUUAAAGAAAAACUUCUAGAAAUUAUGGCAAGCAUUCAAACUUACUGCCAAAUGAGUCCAAUGUCCGAAUUUGGAACCCAGCAUUAUGAGCAAUGGGCCAUUCAAAUGGAAAAAAAAGCUGCGAAGGCCGGGAAUCGCAAACACCGUGCCUGUGCGGAACAUUUGAGGAAAUACAACGAAGCCCUGCAGAUCAACGACACCAUCCGGAUGAUUGACGCGUACAGCCACCUGGAAAGCUUCUACGCUGAUGAGAAAGAAAAGAAGUUUGCCGUCUUAGAGGACAGUGACGAGAGCGAAGAAGAUGCUAGCAGUCACGAUGAUGAACUUAAGGACAAUGUAAAGAAAUCUUUGAAAAUGGACGAAACAGAUGAAUUUCUCAUGGAUUUAUUCUUUGAUAACAGGAAAAUGUUGAAAAAACUAGCCGAAAACCCAGAAUAUGAAAAUGAAAAACUCACUAAAUUAAGAAACACCAUAUUGGAACAAUUCACAAGGACUGAGGAAUCGUCUCGAGGAAUUAUUUUCACGAAAACCCGGCAGAGCACCUACGCACUCUCCCAGUGGAUUAUGGAAAAUGAAAAGUUUGCAGAAGUUGGCAUCAAAGCACACCACCUGAUUGGAGCAGGACACAGCAGUGAAGUCAAGCCCAUGACACAGAACGAACAAAAAGAAGUCAUUAGUAAAUUUCGCACAGGAGAAAUAAAUCUGCUUAUAGCUACUACAGUGGCAGAGGAAGGCCUGGAUAUCAAAGAAUGCAAUAUCGUUAUCCGUUAUGGCCUCGUCACGAAUGAGAUAGCCAUGGUCCAGGCCCGUGGUCGAGCCAGAGCUGAUGAAAGUACCUACGUCCUGGUUACCAGUAGUGGCUCGGGCGUUACUGAACGUGAGAUUGUGAACGAUUUCCGAGAGAAGAUGAUGUACAAAGCUAUAAAUCGUGUUCAGAAUAUGAACCCAGAGGAGUAUGCACAUGAGAUUUUGAAAUUACAGGUACAAAGUAUCUUGGAAAAGAAAAUGAAGGUCAAAAGAAGCAUUGCAAAGCAUUACAACAAUCCGUCGUUAAUAACUCUUCUCUGCAAAAACUGUAGUAUGCUGGUGUGCUCAGGAGAAAACAUCUAUGUAAUUGAGAAGAUGCAUCAUGUCAAUAUGACACCGGAAUUCAAGAGACUCUACAUUGUAAGAGAAAACAAGGCACUACAGAAGAAAUUUGCUGAUUAUCAAGCAAAUGGAGAGAUUAUCUGCAAAUGUGGCCAAGCGUGGGGAACAAUGAUGGUGCACAAAGGUUUAGAUUUGCCUUGUCUUAAAAUAAGGAAUUUUGUUGUAGAUUUCAAAAAUAAUUCAUCAAAAAAGCAGUAUAAGAGGUGGGUGGAACUGCCAGUCCGGUUUCCUGAUCUAGAUUGCUCAGAACAUUGCCUGUCCAGUGAUGAAGACUAGCUCCUGACUCUUGUUGCUAACUCAACAUUGAGUGUGAUUUUGAUUAAUGUUUGCAUUACACCAAUGAACUAAUGCUAGAGAAUGUAAAUGAUGGUUGUGUUGUACUUUUAAUUAUGUAAAGAAAUGCCAAAAAAUGCAUACAUCCUACUGGUUGGUAAAUGUAAUUGUUAACCAGAAUGGUCAACUUGAUGAGCUCUGGAAUCACCAGAGAGAUGGGCCUUCAGGAAUACCCAUGGAGAAGGAAGGCCUUCUGACCUUGGUCAGGGGGUUUUCCCAUUCUCCAGACUUGGGUCCCGGGCUGUAUAAAACUGAGAAAACUGGCUGAGCCCACACUUGCACUCAUAACUCUGCUUCUUGACUGUGGAAUGCAAUGGAAGAAGCUACCCCAAGCUCCUGUUGCCAUGACUUCUCCACAGUAAUGGAUUAUAACUUCCACCUGUGAACUACAAUAAAUCAUUCCUCCACAGUU